GUACGGAAGUGGUGUGGAUUCUGAUUCCAGGUGACUCCCCAAUGCAGCUUAGGAUAGUCGCGUCGGUGUACUUUUUAUAAACAAGUCCUAUUUUUUAUAUGAUUGCGCCGCUGCCUUUAUCUGACAAUCCUACAUCUUAAUUUAGAAACGUUCCAACGCCGCUUUGAGAGGAGAACUAUGAACGAGGACGAGUCUGGUGCUGCUAAUUCCCAAACGUCUCACGACGGUGUUACUACAGAUGUCGCCCGAGCCAGGUGGACCCUCCUCAGACAGGUUUUGCGUCAGAAGCAGGUGGACAACCCAGAGGUCAAACAGGUGUCAGUGCGUAGGUUUGCCACUUUUGACCUUUUUGACCGGACGAGGCCCGCGGCUGGUGACCCCGCGGAGGAGCAGUGGGUGGAGUACAGGAGUGUGUUUUUUCCAGAGUACAGUGCCUUUCUCAGAGACAACAUGGGUCCUCUCCGAGUUAACGAAGUGCUGAGCAGUUUCGACAACACCGGCAAUGUCUGUGUGUGGCCGUCAGAAGAGGCCAUGGCUCAUUACUGCCUGCACAACCGACACAUGUUCACGGGCGCCGUUUGCGAGUUAGGAGGAGGGAUGACCUGUCUCGCUGGACUCAUGGUUGCCAUUUGUGCUGACGCCGAGCAAGUGCUGCUAACCGACGGCAACGACAAGUGCGUUCAAAAUGUGCGAGGGAUUGUCGAAAGAAACGAAAAAGCGGGGAAGUUCGGCUCGACGUGCGUCUCUACCAGGGUGCUGAGGUGGGACUGCGAGCUGGACAUCUCGAAAUUAGAAGCCCAUUUCGACGUUGUCAUGUGUGCAGACUGUUUGUUUCUCGACCAAUACAGAAGCAGCCUGGUUGAUGCUAUAAGGAGAUUACUGCAACCCAACGGUGUGGCCUUGGUGUUGGCCCCGCUUCGAGGCGACACCCUGCGGAUGUUCUGCCAGCUGGCCCGGCAGGCCGGACUCCUGGUGGCUGAGCAGCGGCAGUACGACGCGCACGUGUGGGAUGUGCAUCUGAAGAUGCUGCGAGAAGGCAAAGAAGCGUACGACGAGAACAUCCACUACCCUCUGCUCCUCACCUUGACCAAAGCAUCUCCAGCUCAGUGAAGUAUGGGCACUCACAUCGCCACUGGUUCUGGUUCUGCGGGUGCGCGCGGUGCCUUUCGUCAACACUGUGAUCGGCUGCUGAGCGACCAUAUUCCUCUUGACUCACCAGAUCUGUGAACUGUGACAUGAGACACUAAACUAAAAGAGCUGCUCAAAUUGGGUCCGAGUCACUGUCGAGUUCUCUACACCCAUUCCAUGGUGAGCAACACAAGGGGAUGUUUACAUUCAAUUUCCUUCAACUUCAGCACACAACAAAACUGUGUUCGAAAUGCGCAAUUCCUGACUUCAACCCAAAAAUAAUAAGCCUACCUUUGAGUAAAUGUAGCCCAAUUUCCUCCAAGUCUAAAAGCUGAGUGGCUUGGUAAAACAUCCAUCCAUCCAUCCAUCCUUCUAUCCAUCCAUUAAAACCAGAAGAGACCAUUCAAACUUUAACUUUAGCUAUUUUGCUAGUUUUCAAAAUGGCCGACGCUUUUAGCGCUGUUAUAUCAACAUGGAUUUUCAAAUGGAAGGAAACGUUUCUUAGGACUUCAUGAAUGCAGCUAACGUGGAAAAAGAGAAGUUCUAAAAAAAACUCUUGUUUCGAGCCUUGCUUCUGAAUUAGUUGCCCCGAAAGGCUUAGUGAAUGUGUUCACGCAGUCAAACCUUUUUGCCGUUUACAAUGUGAAAUGAUGUCUGUAUGUCCAAACACUCAACUCUUGAGUACUCAACGAUACCGAUACCAAAUAACCGACACAUUUGGCCUCCUUUUUCUGACGAUGACAAAAUAUUGUUUACCGUGUUUGUCUAGAAAAGUGGUUUUGAAAUUCAAAAUCCUGCCGACUGUAAAGUUUUCACUGUGUUUUCCAAAUGGCCUUGAGACCAAAAUUGUUGGUUUCUUACCUCGGCUUCACUGUUAUCCAUCAGUGCAAUAUCAUCUUGCCACUCAAUAAACGCAACGAUCGACACAUU